AUGGCAUCGACGGAUCCUCUCAAGGUCCCUGAAAAGGUGGCCAACUUUCGUGAUGUCGGCCAUACAAUCAACGAAUACCUCGGAGAAAGGGAAACAGACUCGACUGACAGUCCCCCCCCCCCCCCUUUAGACGACGCCACGCCUCACGAUCGUCACCUCAUCCUACAUGACCUAGGCAUCACCAACGUCGUCGACCUGCGAACAAAGUCCGAACAGAUCGUCCAAGAACGCAAGCACAAAGCCAAGGCUGCUGCCACCGCCCUGUCGGAGCAGACCAUGAUCGAACCUCUUCACAUCCAGGGGAUACAGUACCAUGAGAUCAAGGUUAUCGGUCGUCGAUACGAACGACAUCUCCUGAGUCAACUGUCCUGGUGGAAUUACAUCGAAUUCCUGUUCCUCUACAUCCUCGGUUUCCGCCAACACGCCAUCCGCAUCAUAGGCCAACAGGUCCUCACGCCCAACGGGCUCUUCGGCAUAGCCCGCGGCGUGAUGGAGCACUCGGGCGCCGAGAUACGCGACGUCCUGACGCUGUACGCCUCGCCCUCCACGCUGCCCAGUAUCGUCCACUGCACCCUGGGCAAAGACCGCACCGGCCUCGUCUGCGCCCUCGUCCUCAUGAUCCUCGGUUUGCCCCAUCGCGCCAUCGAGCACGACUAUUUCCUCACCGACUCCCACCUGCGAGAUCAGCGUGAGGCAAGGGCCCACGAGAAUGAGAUGGUCGGCCUGCCUAGGGAGUGGGCUGGCACCGACAAGAAUAUGAUUGUCGACAUUCAGACUCACCUGGAUACCACGUAUGGUGGGCUGGAUAAGUAUCUUGACGGCAUUGGCUUCACAAAGGCCGAUAGACAACUUGUGCGGGACACAUUGCUUUACUAG